AUUUAGCCUAUGAGAACUGCGGAGAGAAAUGAGAAAGAAUAACGAAGUUAAAAAGUAGUUUCUUUCUAAUCGAGUUACGGGAAUAGUAAUUAAUCGUGUUAUUUUAAAAUGUUUGAAUGAAUAAAAAUAAUUAUUAAUGCGUGCAGUUAUUUAGUUACAAAUCGUUAAAUAGAAGUUGAGUGAUGACUGGGCAAUACAAGUUUUAAGAUACUUAUAUUUUGUUUGUGGUUAGCUUACAAGAAAAUGGACUCAGAGAAUGUGAAACUGGCUGAGUGGCUGCAGAUGUUGGGUUGUCCUAUAACCUUGAACCCAGUUGACUUGCAGCGACUCAAUACUCCCAACAUGAGAUCUGUCUGGAGACACCUGCAGGCACACGUCCAGCCACGGCAUAGCGUACAGACUGUCCGACAGAACCUGCUGCUAUCAAAACUCCACAACCAAAACAUACUUCCAGGUGAAUUUGGAAACUUCAGAGUCCAGUCCAUUCAAGAGCUUUCCCAGUUACAGAAUAUGUCAGAUGCUAAAAAAGAAAUUAACUAUUUGAAAAAUAAAGUGAGGGCCGCUGAUGAAGAAUUGCGAGCAACAUCCUUUAAUCUCUUGACAAAGAUUAAUGAAAAGGAGAUGUUAAAGCUUGAAUUAAAAGAAAAUGAAGAUAAAACUGUUCUACUUAGUCUAUAUCGAUCUCGUAUUAGAAAAGAUAUAGAAAAAGUAAACAUAGAGAUCGAAAAAACUAAUUGUCUCAAGAUUAAUCCAAACCCUCUUACCUCCACAGAAAUGAAGCAUGAUAAGUCAGUAGUUGCUAGUUAUCUAACCAAAUGCAUUGUAUCUACUUCUGAUACAAUUGACAAUGAUGCCUUAAAUGAUAUGAUUGUUUCAACUCUGGAAUUUCCUUCUGCAUCAAUAUAUGAAGGAAUAAUGCAAGUUUCCAAAAGCGCGUUGAGGACUUUAAAAAGUUAUAAAUCCAAUAUGGAUAGUUCUUCCUGUUUCAAAACCAAGGAAGCUCGGCUUAUUUCUGGUACAUGUUCAUUUUCUAAACAUUUAACUAAUUUAAAUUUUCUUGUUUUUCAAAAUGAACUUGAUCUUUCAAGCUGCCGUAGUAAAGUCAAAGAAUAUUCAACUAAGCUUGAAAAAGAGAAAUUAAUAUUAAAAAACUUUAUAGAAGAAACCUGUGUGCAUGAUUGUGUGGGCGUUAUUGAUGAUUUAUCAGCUAAAGAUAUUAUCAAUUCACUUGUUGAAAACUCUAUCUAUCUAAAGGAAUUAGAACAAUUAAAGGUUCUAAAUAGUGAACUUGACAUUGGAUGCUCAGAUUAUGAUGAUUUGAAGUUGCUAGUAGAACGUUCAGGUAAAGAAGAGAAGACAUUAUUUGAAAAUGUUGAUAAGAAAGUAAAGGAGGUUAAUCGUUAUGUAUCUCUAAUCCUCAAUGGAAAAUUGGAUAUUAUUAAAACUGCUGCUCUAAAAACGUGUACUGAAUUAAUCUCUAAUUUUUUUAUAGAAUUAAAAUUUCAAAAAGAAGAUUGUGAAGCUCUGUUUGUCGCUUACAAAAGUAUUAUUGGUAAAGAGUGUGAACUUAUUCAAAAUGAGCCUUUGAAUGCAAUACUUAGGAAAUGGGAAGAACCUUGUAUACUGUUUUCUGACACUUUAAUGCGGGAUCUUUCCAAGAACUCUUCACUCUUGCCUCUUUUGCUGCAGUCACAACCUAAGAACGUUCUUAACACUAUCUUGGAAAAGGUCUGUUGGUCACAUACUAUUGAUUACUGGUAGGGUUGACCUAAGCAACUUGUAUAUUGUUUAGUAAAUAUUAUACAUAUUAUCUUUUAAAAUUGUAAAAUUUUGCUUAUUUAGAUGUAAGUUGCCAAUAUAUGUGACACUGUAGAAAGUAAUUUGUAAAUAAUAAAUUAUUGUACACUAGAA